CACCGGUAUUUCCCGGUCAUAAACUGAAUCUCUACCUUCCCACAGCCAACCUUUUAUUGUCCAGAAAACCACUCCUCCCUCCCUGAUCCCCUCUUCCACUCGAAUCCACUCCCCUCUCUUCACACUUGGUGCUCUGGUAGUACUAGUUCAUAUAUAUAAAGCCAACCACGACCACCCCACCCUAGCUCUCUCUCUCUCUCUCUCGUUCUGCUUUUCUUAUUUUCUCUCUUAGCUAGGGAGAUGAUGAGAUGAAGCAUCUAUGCUAGCUAGCCAUAUUGACGAAUUUUAUGGAGAAGGAUAAAAGGUUAGAGAAAAAUAUAAAACCCGAAAAUCCCAUGUCGAAUUUAACAUUUUCAGAUCAGAUUCCGAUUCCGGCCACAUUGGCCGCCAUACCAAACAUUUAUGACAUCCCAAUAGGUUCAGCACCAAUGGCAUCAUCACCACCACCAUCAUAUGGAGGUGGAGGUGGUGGAGCUGCUCAUCCACAUGAUCAUGAUAUGGUGAAGAUGGAGUCUUUUGGAUUUAUAGACAUGCUAACAGUCCCGGACUAUCCAUGCCCUUCCAUAUAUGAGAUGGUAUUUCAGCAGCUACCUCCCAUGAAGUUUCAAUCUCCCCCCCUUUCCCAGCCCCUGCUUCAGCCCCAGUCCCCUCUGCCGCCCCCACCUCCGCCAUCCAACCAUAUUAAUAAUAAUAAUGCUCCUCCGGAGUCAUCUGACGUGGCCACCACCCCGGCCACCCCGAAUUCGCCUUCCGUCUCUACUUCAUCUAGUGAUGCUCAGAAUGAUGAUCAACAACAGAACAAGACACCGGUGGAGGGUGAACAAGAAGAUCGGGAUCAAGACAAGACUAAGAAACAGUGCUGCUUUUCCUACAAUUUCUUUUUUAAUCAUCAAAAGGUGAUAUUUUCCCCCCUUCCUUUUUCCGGGAUUAGCUUGAAGCCCAAAAAGAAAAACCAAAAGGGGCAAAAGGAACCGAGAUUUGCGUUCAUGACUAAGAGUGAGGUUGAUCACUUGGAUGAUGGAUACAGAUGGAGGAAGUAUGGCCAAAAAGCUGUGAAAAACAGCCCAUUUCCCAGGAGCUAUUAUCGUUGCACCAGCCCAUCAUGUGGUGUGAAAAAGAGGGUGGAAAGAUCAUCUGGUGACCCAACCACUGUGGUUACCACCUACGAAGGUACUCACAUGCAUCCUACACCGCUAACUUCUCGCGGCAGCCUUGGCCUUGUGGCGGAAAGCUCCGCCAGUUUCAUUUGUGGCCCAAGUGGUGUUGGCAGUAGUAAUGGUGGUGGUGGUGCUGGAGAAGCUGUCACCAUUGGUGCUGGUUUUGGAGGUGCAGGUUCAGGUUCAGGGCCAGGUCCUUCCUCUUUUUUCCCACCACCAAUGUCGCAGUAUCAUCAUCAACAACCACAACAAUUUCAACAACAGCAGCUGCAGCAACUACCCUUUUUCCGUGUUCCAACAGCUCCAGCAUCCCUGAAUUUUAACACCCAUAGUUCGUCAUUUGCUCAUAUGAUAGUUCAAGAGAGCAGCUAUUGCCCUCCUCCUCCAUCAUCGUUUGUGGAUAAUGGCCUUCUUGAGGAUAUUGUGCCGUCCGAAAUGCUGAUCAAGGAGCCCAAAAAGGAGUAGAAGCCCUGAUUACCUGUUACAUAUGGAUCCAAUCAAUGGGGUAUGUUAGCAACUUAGCAUCUAGUGCUUAGUCGUUUUAGUUACUGACUAAUGAUUUUGGGAGUUAUCAUUAGGUUCAUGUGAAUGAAGCCUGCUUAAACUUUUAGUGCCUCGUAGACUCUCAAGUAAAAUGACUAGAUGAUUUUAGCUUUUUUCUUCGACAUUGUUGUACUUAGUUUCGACCUUUUUUCAAACUAUGGAGAUUUUAGACCUUUGCAAA